CUUGUCUCAGUCUCCAGUCUCGGGGAUAUCCUGAGUCCCGACUUACGUUUCCAAAAGAUAGCCUGCCCGCAUCGCUGGUGUCCAUCACGGCUGCCCCUGAGUAUUGUUCUCCAUUACUUCGCCCCUCCAUUGCUGGCUCUGGCUGUGCCUUAUCUUCCGGUUCCCUCCCUACCGCUCCCCCGUCAUUCCCCUCCCCAGCAAUCGUGAAGUCUAGUGUCUAUGCCCCCGUGAGGGCUGCCGGUCAGCCACAAUGAGUUCCUCAAUCCUCAACAUCCAGCGUGAUCUUAUUUUGAAUACGAUCCGUUAUGCGGCGGGUAAUGAGUGGAAGGUCUUGGUGGUGGACGAGACCAGUCGCAAGCUAAUCGACAAUGCGGUCAGUGAGGAUGAUAUUCUCAAUCUCAAUGUUACCAAUGUUGAGCAGAUCGAGCAUCGGCGCUCCCCCAAUCCUACGAUGGAUGCGCUGUAUAUCCUCUCGCCCCUCCCACACAUUGUCGACUGUAUUAUGGCGGACUUUGAGAGGAAGAGAUACCGGAAAGCGUGGUUGGUUUGGACAUCAUUUCUCGAUCCGCAACAGCGCGCUAGAUUGGACCGUUCCCAGAUUGCUCGCGACCAGAUCGCCAAUGUUCAGAUUAUGAAUGCCGACUAUUUCCCCAGGGAAUCGCGCCUGAUUACCUUCCGAGACCCGUGGAGCUUUCCGGUGUUGUUCCACCCUGGUUGUAAUCACUUGAUCCGCGCACACUUGGAGGGCUUGGCGCAGAAGGUUGUGUCGCUCUGUGCGAGCUUAGGAGAGUACCCAGUGAUCCGGUACUACCGCCCCCGGGCACCAACACACGAGGCCAGCGUACUGUGCUCACACCUGGCGCGGUUCAUUCAGAACGAGCUGGAUCAGUUUGCGCAAUUCCAGCGCGACUUUCCGCCCCCGUCUCCCAGACCGCGCGGAGUGCUGUUGAUCGUUGAUCGGUCCAUGGACCUGGUCGCGCCCUUGCUCCAUGAGUUUACAUAUCAGUCCAUGGUGCACGAUCUGCUUCCGAUCAGCGAUGGCGACAAGGUUACUUACAAGACUGUCAUCAAUGAGGGAAGCCACAACGAGGAAGUCAAGGAUAUGGAGAUCAACGAAGAAGACAGUGUUUGGGUGGAGUAUCGCCACAUGCAUAUGAAGGACGUGCUCGGCAAGCUAGGUGAAGACUUUGCCAAGUUCCGAGCUGCCAACCCUCAGUUUGCGGAAGACAAUGAUAAAGCGAACGUGAACACUAUCAAGGACAUGCUGGCGGGUCUCACAGAGUUCCAAAAGGGAAGAGAUGCUUAUACACUGCACCUUAACAUGGCGCAGGAGUGUAUGAGUUACUUCCAGAAACACAAGCUCAUCGAAGUAAGCUCGGUUGAACAAUGCUUCGCCACCGGCAUGGACGAGAACUACAAGAAGGCAAAGAACCUGGCUUCCCAGCUGGUGCAAUUGCUAGACGACGAUGCGAUCAAGCAGCCAGAGCGACUGAGGUUGUUGCUGCUUUACAUUAUCUACCGGGGAGGCAUCCUCGCGGGUGAUAUCCGGAAGCUCUUGGCACACGCGCAACUUGCACCGCAGGACGGUGAAAUUGUAGCCAACCUCGAUCUACUUGGAGCCCGUGUGGAGAAGCCUCUGAAGGACGAUAAGCCACCCGUGCAGCCGCUGUUCACCAGGAAGCCGCCGUCUGGGCCCAUCGACGAAGAGGAAAGUCUCUCGCGCUACGACCUGAACCUCAAGUUGAUCUUGGAGGAGCUGGUGCGCGGCACGCUGGACCCCGGCGUCUUCCCGUUCACGCGGCCACACACGGAUGCCGACUCGCCGGGACAACAAGAGAGUCUGUCCCAGGCGUCGCUGCGCAGUGCCAAACCGACGUGGGCACGGACACGGUCUACUGGCGAGCAGCCGAAACAGCGGAUCAUCGUGUUCAUGGCAGGUGGUGCUACAUAUGGAGAGGCACGCACAUGCUACGAGAUCUCGCAGUCGUGCGGCAAGGACGUGUUCCUGGCCACAUCGCACAUGCUGUCUCCCGGAUUGUUCCUGCGCCAGGUGGGCGAUCUCAGUGUAGACCGACGCCGGCUCGACAUUCCCGCCGAACGGCCCAAGCCCACAGCGCCGGCGCAUCUCUUCGAGCGGGAAGCUCCACCGCCACCGGCACAGCCCGUGAAGAAGCCAGUUCCGGUGAAUCUGAACCCGAUGGCACCGACAUCCGCGCUGGCGGCGAUGUCACUGGGACCGAACGGCAAAGCGACGAACGGAGCAGCGCCGCCAGAGAAAGAGAAGGAUAAGAAGGAGAAGAAAGAGAAGAAGGAAAAGAAGCACCGCUUCUUCCGGUAGCCUUGGCCAUUCUUUCAACUGAACCAGCCUCGUUCCGCAGCACACCUACUGCGGACCUUAAUACUAGCCUCUACUAUCUUCUGUGUAUGUAGUGACUAUGUAUGUACCAUGCAGACCAGCAGAACCCUAAUACUUAUUCGAACUCCUUGGUAUAUACCAAACCAACCCCGCCCCCCCCCCCC